UGGCGGAGGCGGGGCUGGCUCUUGAUUGGUCCGCGCGCCGCUGUCGUGCUGUGGCGAGCGCCGUAAAGUGCGGGCGGUCGCGCGCGGGCCAGCGCGGCAGCACAGGGAGAUGGACUUGAUGACCUCUUCAGGUUCCUUUCAGCUCUACGUUUUUGUGAUUUCUGGCAUGAUGCUCAUGAUUAUGAAGUGGUAAUAAUGGCUGGGGCUUUAAAGAAAUCUAAGAAGAAGUGGCAGUGAGCUAGCAUCUUAACGUGUGUAGGUGGUGUCUCGAGAAAGCUGACUGACACCCGUUGGGAUGUUUCUUCGGCUAUUGUCAGAUGUCCGGUGGCGGACAGCCAGCCCAAGAUGGAGAAGCAUGUCCAGCUCCCGGCACAUGACCACAUCUGCGACAGAGCCUCCCCCCAUUUCCCUGCCAGCUCAGGCACAGGUCGUAAUCUGUGGUGGUGGAAUCAUGGGCACCUCCAUUGCAUACCACCUCUCCAAGCUAGGAUGGAAGGAUAUAGUCUUACUGGAACAGGGCAGGCUGGCUGCUGGUUCCACUCGAUUCUGUGCUGGCAUCGUGAGCACAGUCAGACACUUGUCCAUAGAGCUGAAGAUGGCUGACUAUUCAAACAAGCUGUAUCAGCAGUUAGAACAAGAGACAGGAAUCAAAACAGGUUAUGUGAAGACAGGCUCUAUCUCACUGGCUCAGACUCAGGAUCGACUGAUCUCCCUGAAACGCAUUGCCUCAAGGCUCAGUGUAAUGGGAAUACCUUGUGAAAUCAUGGCUCCAAAACGAGUGGCACAACUACAUCCACUAAUCAACAUUCAUGACCUUGUGGGUGCCAUGUAUGUGCCAGAGGAUGCAGUCGUAUCAUCUGCCGAUGUGAGUCUUGCUCUGGCAAAUGCUGCCUCUCGAAAUGGUGUCCAGAUCCAUGAGCGGACAAGCAUCAGCCAUGUCGUGGUCCAAAAGGGUUGUGUGACUGGAGUGGAGACUGACAGAGGACAGAUUGAAUGCCAGUAUUUUGUCAACUGUGCUGGGCAGUGGGCCUACGAGCUGGGUCUCUCCAGUGAGGAGCCGGUCAGUAUCCCGCUGCACGGCUGUGAGCACUUUUACCUCUUGACACGUCCCUUGAAGAAGCCACUAGAGAGCAACACACCAACUAUCGUGGACCCAGACGGCAGGAUCUAUAUCCGCAGUUGGCAAGGUGGCAUCCUCUCGGGAGGCUUUGAGAAGAACCCCAAGCCCAUCUUUACUGAGGGUCGGAACCAGCUUGAGAUUCAGAAUCUGCAUGAGGACUGGGAUCACUUUGAGCCACUGCUGAGUUCUCUUCUGCGGAGGAUGCCGAGGUUGGAGGCUUUGGAGAUCAUGCAGUUAGUGAACUGCCCAGAAUCCUUCACUCCAGAUAUGCGGUGUAUCAUGGGAGAGUCGCCCACGGUACAGGGCUACUUCGUCCUGGCUGGAAUGAACUCGGCUGGCACCUCUUUCAGUGGAGGAGCAGGCAAGUACCUGGCUGAGUGGAUGGUAAAUGGUUGCCCAUCAGAAAAUGUUUGGCCACUGGACCUGAAGCGCUUUGGUGCCCUUCAGAGCAGUCGCACCUUCCUCCGUCACCGCGUCAUGGAAGUAAUGCCCCUGAUCUAUGAUCUGAAGGUUCCCCGUUGGGACUUCCAGACUGGCAGGCAGUUGCGUACUUCCCCUCUGUAUGAUCGCCUGGAUGCCCAGGGAGCCAGAUGGAUGGAAAAGCAUGGAUUCGAGAGACCCAAGUACUUUGUCCCACCAGGGAAAGAUCUGUUGGCAUUGGAUCAGAGCAAGACCUUCUACAAACCAGAUUGGUUUGAUAUUGUGGGGUCAGAGGUCAAGUGCUGUAAGGAGGCUGUGUGUGUAAUUGACAUGUCAUCUUUUACCAAGUUUGAAAUAAGCUCCACAGGGGAUCAGGCACUGGAGUUUCUGCAGUAUCUCUUCUCGAAUGACCUGGAUGUGCCAGUUGGGCACAUUGUGCACACAGGCAUGCUCAAUGAAGAAGGAGGGUAUGAGAAUGACUGCAGCAUUGCACGAUUAAAUAAGCGCAGCUUCUUCAUGAUUUCUCCUACUGACCAGCAAGUCCACUGCUGGGCCUGGCUCAAAAAGCAUAUGCCUAAUGACAGUAACUUGCUCUUGGAGGAUGUAACCUGGAAGUAUACCGCUCUCAAUCUGAUUGGCCCUCGUGCAGUGGACGUGCUGUCGGAAUUAUCCUAUGUCCCAAUGACUCCAGAACACUUCCCGUCUCUCUUUUGCAAGGAAAUGAGCGUGGGGUAUGCUAAUGGGAUCCGUGUGAUGAGCAUGACACACACAGGAGAACCUGGAUUCAUGCUAUACAUCCCUAUAGAGUAUGCUCUGCAUGUGUACAAUGAGUUGAUGAGCGUGGGACAGAAGUACGGGAUCCGGAAUGCUGGCUAUUACGCACUUCGCAGCUUACGCAUUGAAAAGUUCUUUGCGUUCUGGGGCCAGGAUCUGGACACUUUCACCACCCCCUUGGAAUGUGGACGUGAGUUCCGGGUGAAACUGGACAAGGGGACUGAUUUCAUUGGCCGGGAUGCACUGAUGCAGCAGAAGCAGGACGGCGUAUGCAAGCGCUUCACCAUGUUCAUCCUGGAGGAUCAUGAUACAGACCUUGAUCUCUGGCCCUGGUGGGGGGAGCCCAUUUACCGCAAUGGCCACUAUGUGGGCAAGACCACCAGCAGCGCUUACAGCUACACCCUGGAACGCCAUGUCUGCCUGGGCUUUGUGCAGAACUUUGACAAGGAAACCAGGGAGGUGUUGCUGGUGACACCCGACUUCAUCAACCGGGGCGAGUAUGAGAUUGACAUUGCUGGGCAGCGCUUCCAGGCUAAGGCCAAGCUCUACCCCUUCAGCUCCCUCUUCACACAGCGCCGCCGCAAGGACGAGAUGGAAUUGAGUGGCUACCAUGGGAAGUAGAACCACCUUGCCCCACCCCUUCUCCAUAAUGGGAAUCUCUGUCACCAUCCUCCUCUCCUUCCCCACGAUCUCCCUCAUUCUUCAACCCAUAUGGUUCCACUUCCUCUUCCCCCUGCUCUUUCCAUUUUUAAACCUUUUUGUUGUGUGA